GGGGCAGGACCAGGGAGGAAAGGAAAGCCUCCCUGCUAGAGUGCCUGCAGGCUGUCCUGCCUGCCACAGCUCUGUGUCCUACUUCCUUCUAUCCUCUGCCUGAACAGAAGCCAGACUUACUUCACCCGGUGUCUGUGCCUGUCUUCUACAAAGCCAUGUGGCUCUACCUGGUGGCCCUUGUGGUCCUGUACUACCUUUGGCGCUGGUACCGGGAGAGGCAGGUGGUGAGCCAUCUCCAAGACAAGUAUGUCUUUAUCACAGGCUGUGACUCAGGCUUCGGGAGCCUGCUGGCCAGGCAGCUGGACAUGCGAGGUUUGAAGGUGCUGGCUGCGUGUCUGACGGAGGAGGGGGCCAAACAGCUGAGGGACCGAACAUCAGACAGGCUGGAGACAGUAAUCCUGGAUGUCACCAAGACAGAGAGUAUCGCUGCAGCCACCCAGUGGGUGAAGGAGCAUGUCGGGGAGAGAGGGCUCUGGGGCCUGGUGAAUAAUGCUGGCAUCGCCUUACCCUCUGGUCCCAGUGAGUGGCUGACCAAACAGGACUUUGUGAACGUACUGGAGGUGAACAUGUUUGGAGUGAUCGAGGUGACUCUGAGCCUGAUGUCCUUAGUACGGAAGGCAAGAGGCCGCGUGGUCAAUGUUGCCAGUGUCUUGGGCCGGUUGUCAAUCUCUGGUGGUGGCUACUCCAUCUCCAAAUUCGGCGUAGAGGCCUUCUCUGACAAUCUCAGGAGAGAGCUCUCUUAUUUUGGGGUGAAGGUGGCUAUAAUUGAGCCUGGUUUCUUCAGGACCAACAUUUGCCCUUUUGAGAGAUUCUCCCAGAACCUAAAGAAUCAAUGGAACCAGGCCAGCUCGGAGGUCAAAGAGAUCUAUGGAGAGAAGUAUCUGGAAUCCUUUAUGAAAACAAUGAGAUCAUUGGAGAACAGUGGCUCAGAGGACUUGUCCUGGGUGACAGAUUGCAUGGAGCAUGCACUGACUGCCUGUUACCCCCGCACGCGGUAUUCAGCUGGUUGGGAUGCCAAGUUCUUCUACCUACCCAUGAGCUACAUGCCGACCUUCCUAGUGGAUGCCGUGAUCUCCUGGAUGUCUCCAAAGCCAGCCAAGGCCCUGUGAAGCCAACAUUUGAGUGCUUGGGUUGUGGGAUGUUGGGUACUGUGUGAGGGAGGGGAUGCUUCAGGGAAAGGGAACUGGGGUGGAAGGAGGGAGCUGUCUUGUCACUAAGGUAUCUGUCCCACUUUCUUCAUUCAAAGGAUUCUGUUGAGAUAUUACUCACAACUGGUGAGUUAGGAGGAAAGACUCAAGAAAUUCUGCCAAAGAGUAGGAACUUCAUAGCACUCAUUGAUGUCCAAUUAACUUUGGCACCUGCUCAAGGUUCUGAGCCUUUUGACCAGCCUUGAGGAAUCCCCACAGGUGGGAAGAUUGUGAGCAGAUGAGAGGAUGCUCAGCUCACACCUGCUGUCCUCCUGUCCUCCUCCUCAGGCUAUGCAUUAUCCCUGGUUGGUUUAUAUCCUCACGCAGCAUGCAAACGACCUGGAGAAAGCAGGGGCACCCAUCCUCUGAAACCAUCUUUGCAGCUUAGGUGGGCAAUCAGCAGCCAACCUAUACCCUCAGACUUCAGGUGCCAAGUCUGCAGGCAUUGGUUGGGAGGAGAUGUCCUCAAUACAGAUCCUGGCAGAGACCCAGAAAUCGAUUUUUUAUUUGUCUGGAAACCAUGGCUUUCUUUUGAUUACCUAUGCCCAGUGAUUUGAACUAAGGGCAUGAGGAGCAAAGUAGUAUGGACCACUAGGAGGAAGAGUCAGGUGUCUUCAUGGAGAGUAGAGGAUGAAAGGAAUGACCUGAGGUGGGAUCAGAAGAGGGAAGUGGUAUUAAUCCCUGCCCUCUCUCAGCCCUGCCUGCUACAGAGGUGAGGGGGACUUGUUUCCCUUCUGAGACUCCAAAUACCCUAACUCAUAGGAUCAGACAGCAGAAUGGGCCAGCGCAGAGAUGUUCAGAGGAUCUGGCAGGUCUCAGAUCCCUUUCCUGGGCACCUGAAACUUCCCUCCCCUCACUAGUCACCUCUCUGUGACCCUCGUGAUCUACCCUGCUUUUAAAGUCACCGCAGCUCUGUCCUGCAAUUUCUCAGGUCUGUCACCUCUGUUCUACGCCCUCUCCCCUCUGGUGGUAUGGAGUGAGAGUCACUCUGGACCCUGGUCUUUCCUUUUCUGUUCAACAUUUGCUGAGCACUCUCUGUGUGCUGAACAAGAAAGCCUUUGAAUUAUCCCCAGCUUCCUGAGACUUGGCUCUGUGUGUUGUCAGUAUUGUGAUGAUCCUCUGGAGUGUGGGCUGAACAGAGAAAGCAUUUGCAGAAAAUGAUGAAGAUUCCUGGGGUAAGUCACUGGAAUUGGGAGUACCACCCCAGGUGUCUUGGUUUUCUUGCCCUAGAGGAUUUGGAACCUUUAGAGAACCUUGUGUAAUUGGACAUUGACCAGUGUCCAUUUUGAAAACAGUGAUAUCUGACAUUGCAGGGCUAUUCAUUUUUACUUUUAACUGAUACAUAAAACAUUAAAAUUCUGCAUAUUAAUGAA